AUGCGAAAGGGCAAAGCUGCAAAUAUUGCCCAGAUUGCUGCAGAAGAGAAAUUUCGCCGGCAGACCGAGAUCAUGGAGCAGCAGACUGCAAAGAUAAGUGAACUACAGCAAGAAAACACAAUGCUCCUUUUGCGGCAAAGGAAAAUCCAGAAAUCAACGGACCAAGCCGACGACGACGAGCUCAGUCAAGUUUUGAAUGGUCUUUACCAAGAGCUUGAAGGAUGGGCGAAUCGCCAUUUUCCUCAGGGAGAUACUCAUGCUCAAAAUUCCUGCUGGAUAUAUGGAGCAGUAUCCUGCCUGAUUUUCAGCUUUUACUUGCUGAAGUUCUGGAUUGGUAUGAGCAACACUGAGGAAGAGCUGAUCGCGAGCCACAAAAUCCAAUCAAUCAGCGCAGAGGUCCAAAAAAUGUUCCCAUCAUACAUCAGACAGCAUUUUUUUGCUGCAAUUAGCAAGGCGGCGGUCUCAAUCAACAACGAAUCCCUACGUGCUAGCGUCGAUUACCUGGCUGAAUUGGUUGAGUCUAAAGUCGGGAAUCAAUCACCUACAUGUCAACAGAAGCGGAGAGAGCAGUUGAAGACUUUGAUAUGGAAGUUUGUGGAAUUUAAAGCAAGAUUGGAAUGCCAAGUCAAUCGAUAUAUGAUUGGACAGUUCCGACCUAGCACUUCAUUUAACGAAAAGAAAAUGAUCAGCUUUGGCGGACAGUCUGGCGCGGACAUUGUGGUUGACUACACCCUUUCACAGGCCCUUUAUAAGCUUUCGGUGGAUGGUGACCCAAUACUUCUCCUGAAGGCACGCGUGAGUACCCGUCAGGCGAGCGAGCACGCAAAAUUUGCAACGAAUCCCAUGUAUGCAGCUGAGCGAUGGAUGAAUGUUUGA